ACGUGUUCCUCCCUCCGCUCCUUGCUCUUUCCGGCCCAGGGCUUCUCGCCAUGGGGACUAUCUAUCUGUUUCGGAAGACACAGCGUUCUCUACUGGGCAAGUUGACACAAGAGUUCCAACUAGUGACGGCAGACCGAAGAUCCUGGAAAAUAUUGCUGUUUGGUGCAGUAAAUGUGAUAUGCACAGGAUUCUUGCUAACAUGGUGCCACUCCACAAACAGUAUGGCUUUAACAGCGUAUACCUAUCUGACAAUUUUCGAUCUUUUCAGUCUAAUAACGUGUUUGAUAAGCUAUUGGGUGACGACGAAGAAACCCAGCCACACGUAUUCCUUCGGGUUUGAGAGGUUUGAAGUAUUAGCUGUUUUCGCAUCAACGGUCCUGGCCCAACUGGGUGCUCUUUUCAUACUUAAAGAAAGUGCUGAACGGUUGUUGGAGCAGCCAGAAAUCCAUACAGGCCGCCUUCUAGUGGGAACGUUUGUAGCCCUGUUUUUCAACUUAUUUACAAUGAUGUCUAUAAAGAAUAAACCAUUUGCUUAUGUUUCAGAAGCUGCCAGCACAAGUUGGCUUCAAGAACACGUUGCAGACCUGAGUCGCAGUUUGUGUGGGAUCAUUCCUGGCCUCAGCAGCAUUUUCCUACCACGGAUGAACCCGUUCGUGUUAAUUGACCUGGCUGGAGCUCUUGCCCUUUGCAUCACAUACAUGUUAAUUGAAAUCAAUAAUUACUUUGCUGUGGACACGGCCUCUGCUGUAGCCAUCGCUGUGAUGACCUUUGGCACCAUGUACCCAAUGAGUGUGUACAGUGGAAAAGUGUUACUGCAGACUACACCACCUCAUGUGAUUGGACAGCUGGAUAAACUCCUCAGAGAGGUUUCUACUCUGGAUGGAGUCCUUGAAGUCCGCAAUGAGCAUUUCUGGACUCUAGGGUUUGGUACCAUGGCUGGAUCAGUCCAUGUGCGGAUUAGAAGAGAUGCAAAUGAACAGAUGGUGCUUGCUCAUGUCACAAACCGUCUGAAUAGUUUGGUGUCAAUGCUAACUGUUCAGAUUUUCAAGGAUGAUUGGGCCAGGCCUGUCUUGUCUUCCGGUGCCAUGCCUUCCAACAUUUUGAAUAUUCCAGAACACCACAUCAUUCAGAUGCCAUCUCUGAAGACAGGUGAUGAGAUAAAUCCGUUGACCUCCACUCCAUCCAAACCCAGCAGCCCACCACCAGAAUUUGCUUUCAACACCCCAGGCAAACAUAUGAAUCCUGUCAUCCUUUCAAAUACUCAAACAAGACCUUUUGGCAUGGGGCUUAGUUAUGGCUCUACACCAUAUGGUGCUACUUUUUCUCAAGGACUUGGGGUGCCGGCCUUUGGUACCACACAGGGUUUACGGACUGGCAUUCCAAAUGUGGCCAACAGAUAUGGAACAUACGCUCCAGGACAGUUCACUCAGUUCAAACAGUGACUUUGGUUUUAAUAUGCUUUUAUUACUAUCUCCAAAGUAUUUUCCUGAUCGUUUCGACCAGGUUUCCAAUGGCUCUGUACCUGAGCUAGGCACAUGAUGAUUCUAUAAAGGAACCUGUGGAGAAUUUGGAAGGGAUCCAUGUGAUCCUAUAACAGCCUAUACAUAUUGUGCAGUACAUUCCCUCUGAAACUUGACAUACAGAAAUCCAAACAUUUCUGGAGAGUGUUUUGCUUUACCUUAGGACUCUAAUGAACAUUUCAAAUUCUAGGGUUACAGAUCAUUUUUAAUAAAGAUAAUGAUAAAUA